UAUGUUUGAGCGGUUUUUACAUUUGGCUUUUUUAUCUGUGCGAAAUUAAGUAAUAUCGCAACUGUUUGCGAGCAUAUCACCACAUUUGCUUAUCGCUCCUAGUCGGACGUUCAGUUCAAUUACGGUAAAGAUAGCGUGUUUUCCUUCGACUCUAUCGCUUACGUCAAAUCGAGUCUUUCUUCGCCACGUGUAUUUUGAGACCGAUCCCCGUGAAAAAUGAAGUCACAAUCGCGGAAAAGCGCGCCGGUGCUACUUUAUCCUCAUUAUUGUCAUCUUCUUCCGCUCGCGAAUCUCGCUCGUUCUAAAUCGGUCCGCGAGGAAAACACGUCGAUAUGAAUUUCCGCUGGAAAAACUGCGGGAUGUACGCAAGAGGAAAGCGGCGGCGGCGGCGGAAGGGACGAUGGUGCCGCGACGUGCUAUGUGUCAUCUUCGUGGCUAUCUCAUUUGGUGCUCUAGGUGAGACAAGGUAAAAAAGUAGAAUUCCCCCAUCUCAUCGGUCAUUCGUUAUGCCGUAGUGGCGGUUCUUAAGUGAACUCCUCUGGUCAGAGAGGGGCGAAUGACGGCACGGUGGUUCUUCAGUACUUCGGUAUACAUUGCCGCUACACGGCCACUGCAUCGCGGACAUUAGACGAGGAAUCUUCAGGGUGAAAGUGAUCAGAGAGACUUAGUUUCGGGCCAGCACGCGAGAGGAGACGUCCAAACCCCGAGUCAUAAACGGAGAAUUUAACGCCCGCCGAGACGCAUCGCCGACGACCGACAUUGCGACGGUGGAUUAUGCAUUAGUUCGAAGAUUCUCAUUCUGUCGAUCCUUAUUCGCAGAUCCGGACGAUAUCCUGUGAGAAAAAUUGAUCGAGAACGACGAUGAUCUGGAACGUGUUGCUGGUUCUAUCUUAUCUGUUUGCCCGCGAAAGCGGUACAGAAGCGGUGAUAACGACGCACAAUAAUUUCGGACUGACACCGAUCGACGCGCAGAUCGCUGACACUGUCGACUGGAUGCGUCACACGUGCAGACGAACGUGCAGGAAUGACGAGCCAGCCCUGGACUGUUAUUACACUUUUAAGCUGGAGUCUUACGAGACCAUGAGCAAGGCGUGCUACGACUGUCCCUUCAACGUCACAGAUUGCUUUCGGCCUCAUUGCGUCCCAGCAGACGGUAUCCGACGAUCCGUUUUGGUCGUAAAUCGCCAGUUACCGGGCCCACCGAUCGAGGUGUGCCAAGGUGACAGGAUAAUAGUUGAUAUGAUCAAUAUGCUGUACUCUGGUAGCACCACGAUGCAUUGGCAUGGUCAGCAUCACAUCGCCACGCCGUACAUGGAUGGUGUGCCCUACGUAUCGCAGUGCCCGAUUCCACCUGGGUCGACUUUCCGAUAUGAGUACGUCGCCACCGAAAGCGGCACGCAUUUCUGGCAUUCUCACUUGGGAUUUCAAAGAGGUGAUGGCGUGUUCGGGCCGUUGAUCGUUCGCGUUCCACCUGCGAUGGAUUGGCACAAGGAUCUCUAUGAUUUUGAUCAUCACACUCUGGUGGUCACCGAUUGGGCUCACGAGCUGGGCGACAGUAUGUUCCUGGCUCAUCAUCACGCGAACGGCACCAACAAAGCGCCAAAUCUUCUGAUCAACGGUCUCGGACGUUUCACGCGCAUGAGAAACGAAAACGAGACACUCGCCGACAUGCCCAUCUCGACGUUUGAUGUGAAAGCAAACUCCCGGUACAGAUUCAGGCUUAUCAACGCGGAGUUCUUAAACUGCCCCAUAGAGGUUUCCAUCGACAAUCAUACCUUACUCGUGAUCAGCUCGGACGGACGUGACAUUGAACCGGUGCAAGCCGAAUCCCUGGUGAGCUACGCUGGUGAAAGGUUCGACUUCAUUGUCGAGAUGAAUCAACCGGUGGACAAUUAUUGGAUGCGAUUCCGCGGACUGAUGGACUGCGACCAGAGAUUCUUGAGCGCGUAUCAAGUCGCGAUAUUGCGCUACGAAGGAGCGCCCAACAUGGAGCCGCAGCUCGAAGUUUCGUACGAUCGCGUACGAAAUAAUUCCUAUGGAUUGCAAGUGAAUGCUCUGAACGAAGGAACCGAGUCGAACAAUAGCAUCAGUAUGCCGAUGUUGAAUGCAAUGGACCCUGACGACAUUUCCACUAGCAGAGAACCAGAUUACCAGUUCUAUAUAUCGUACGAUUUCUACGGGAAGGAUAAUCCGAUCUUUCAUCGCAAGAACUUGUACGGUUUUUACCAAGUGAAGGAACGGAAUCGGCGAUUGUUCACGCCGCAGUUAAAUCACAUAUCGAUGAAGUUACCGUCGUUCCCGCUACUGUCUCAGAGACACCUCAUUAAGCCGGAUCAGUUCUGCAACUCCAGCACCGUCGAAGGAUGCGAGGAAGACUUCUGCGCUUGCACUCAUGUACUUCAAGUCAAACUGAACAGUGUAGUGGAACUGGUUCUGAUUGACGAAGGCUUCACGUUCGACGCGAAUCACCCGUUUCACCUUCACGGUUAUCUAUUCCGUGUGGUGGCCAUGGAAAGAGUUGGAACCAACAUCACUGUCGCCGAAGUGAAGGAAAUGGAAAGGCAAGGCUUGAUCAAUAGGAAGCUUAAACGAGCGCCUCUGAAAGACACAGUUACCGUGCCUGAUGGUGGAUUUACCAUUGUGCGUUUUCAUGCUAAUAAUCCAGGAUAUUGGCUGUUCCAUUGUCACAUCGAGUUUCACGCGGAAAUCGGGAUGUCGUUAAUCCUCAAGGUGGGCGAGCACGAGGAAAUGCCACCGGUGCCUCCAAACUUCCCGAAAUGCAGCGACUGGAGUAUAACGGACAAUCACAGCGGUGCGAAUGAUUCAACCAACAAAGUAUUAAACGACAUAGUUCUAACGAAGACCAAGGAGGAGCCGCCGACGAGCAUCAAGAUCGCGAUAGCGAUAGAUCAUCUGAUAAAAUUAUUACCGCAGUUGAUGAAGGAAAUAUAUUCUGGAACAUCCUCAGCAACUGGACCGAGUGUUACGCUCUUGCCGAUCGUGCUGGCUUGCCUCGUCAGCUUCGUGUUUAGUUUACGCUCGUUAUGAAACACACGUCAUAGGGUCUAAAUAGCUCAAUUACAAGAUAUCGAAUUGGUGUGGAGGAUUUGUCGUGUUUUUCUUUUUUUCCAAAUUUGUAGUCGCAAAAAGUUUAGGUAUCAACAAGAAGAUUCGAAAACGCUGUUAAAUAUUUGAAAAAAAAAAAUAUAAGAUUUUAUUCGAUUAGGGAUUAUUAAUUCCUCGAAAUAUCAGACAAAAUUUUCUUGAAUUUAAUUUUAUUUAACAAACAUGACAAACCAAUGGCAUUGAUUCUACAUCAAUGUUUACGCCACAAAGUAUUAUGGUAUUUAUGAUAUCUCGUUAACUUUUUAAUUGUUAUAGACACGUUGCCGUAGACGAAUGCGAAAUGCGCGGAACUGACAUAUUCAUUGGAGUGUUCGACUGAAAUUCCACGGGAGUGUCUCUUGCAAUGUGAGUCGAAUGCGAAGAAAUGAAUGGAUGUUGCAUGAUCAAAUGUCUCAACAUUACUGUGAUAUAGGAUAUAUAGAAAAGUACAUUGCAAUCAUUGUAUAAUAAACAAACGAUUGAUUGCGACGGAUUAUAGUAACUGUUUUAUCAGUCGAGCAAAUGCAUCGAAAUGCAGUGCUGUUUUUCUCUUUUUUAUGAAUGUACGUAUGCAUGAAUGUAUUUGAAUAUGUGAGUAUAUGACACGUAUCUCGUCAAAUAUACGAGGUGUCUCUCACAACGUCUGGUGAACGUCUCAACUUCAAAUUAAAGAAUCCACAGAUGAAUAAUUGUGAUAAGUUUAACACACCGUAUACAUAAAAAUUCAUAAUCGAUACAAGUAUAUUUUCUGAUGUGUAACAGCACAUUUAAAUGGAAUAACGGCGUGACAAGUUUAGUUAGGCGUUCUCCGUGAAAAGAGCAAAAACAAUAACUAAUGUAUUUUAUAA